AAGCAGAAGAACUUCGACAAGACGCUCGCCGAAUGGCAGAAGAAGUACGCCGACUCGCAGGCUGAACUCGAGAAUGUUCACCGAGAAUGCCGUCAACACUCCACCGACGUAUUCCGCAUGAAAGCCCAGCUCGAGGAGGUGCAUGAUCAGAUGGAGGCGCUUCGACGCGAGAACAAAAAUCUCAGCGAUGAAAUCCACGAUCUGACGGAACAACUCGGCGAGGGCGGUAGGUCCGUGCACGAAACCGAGAAGCAGCGCAAGCGUCUCCAAAUGGAGAAGGAGGAGUUGCAGGCGGCCCUGGAAGAGGCCGAGAGCGCUCUCGAACAGGAGGAGGCGAAGAUGCAACGUGCCCAGUUGGAGAUGAGUCAGAUUCGUCAAGAGAUUGAUCGCCGGCUAGCCGAGAAGGAGGAGGAGUUCGAGGCGACCCGCAAGAAUCACCAACGAGCGCUUGAGUCGAUGCAGGCCAGCCUGGAUGCCGAAGCAAAGGGGAAAGCGGAAGCGAUGCGAAUGAAGAAGAAAUUGGAGCAGGACAUCAACGAGCUCGAAGUGGCUUGUGACAGCGCCAAUCGAGCCCGAGCUGAGAUGGAGAAGAAUAUGAAGAAGUACCAACAACAGCAACGUGAAAUGCAAGCCCAACUUGAGGAUGAGCAUCGGCAACGAGAAGAACUCCGCGAGGUGGUCGGAGCUGCCGAACGCCGAACCAACAUUCUGGCUGGUGAGGUGGAAGAGUUGCGCACCAGUUUGGAGCAGGCGGAGAGGGCGAGGAAGAUGAGCGAGGUUGAACGAGCAGAGGCUGUCGACCGAGCCACGGAGCUGGCAACUCAAGCUGCCUCAUUUGCAGCCCACAAACGGAAACUGGAGGCCGAUUUGGCGGCAAUGCAGGUUUGUUGUUACAUUCUAUGCUUCAUCUGGCAAAUGGCCCAAAAUGGCUGGAUUUCAAGCAAGAGUCCCUCUAGUUCAGUUAUUACUAAACUUUCAAUUUAA